UUUCUUGAACAUGCUCACUUGCGCAUCGUUUGUCAGUGCUGAAAUUGACAUUUGGAUUUUGUGACUUUUUCGGCUUUUAAGAAAAAAAUAAAAGAUCUAAAAGUGAAGAAGAAGACCGAAUAGAAGUUCUUUAUAUUUUUUAUACUCAUCAAAACCGCAGCGUGAUUUUAUUUAUUCCUCAUUGAGAGCGCUAAGCGUUCGAAACAAAAGUACGCCGUUUUAGCUGACGUGCAAAAUAAAUAAAGAUCCGUGCAGGAUUUCGGCAUAUAAACGUGCAGCUAAUUAUUGAAUUGUGUUUGCCUGUGGAAGUGACCCUGAGUGCGGACUUGUGGUAUAGUAGAAUACGUGCAGUGUGUAGUGCCGCCGUGUAGACGUUGAAGAAUUUUGUCGGUGUUGAAACAGUCAAGACAAGGUCGUACCGCUUGCUAGCAUACGAAACCUAAUCAAUUGAAAUUGUUACAUUUUACACCUGCGGUAAAAGAAUAAAUUACUCGAAAUGGAUGUGUUCCUUAUGAUUCGAAGACGUAAAACCACAAUUUUCACAGAUGCAAAAGAGAAUACAAGCGUCGCGGAACUGAAGCGUAUGAUUGAAGGUAUCUUAAAAGUGCGUCCGCAUGACCAGAAACUAUACAAUCAGGACAAUGAGGUGAUGGAAGACGAGAACACCUUGCAGGAUUAUGGCAUACAGAUGUCAACGGCCAAGGCGCAAGCUCCUGCACAGUUAGGACUAGCAUUAAGAGACGAACAUGGCGAAUUCGAGCCGCUCGAAAUAACGCCAUACUCAUCGCCACCAGAUCUACCUGAAGUUAUGAAGAAUCAAGAGGCAGCUAACGGUCAAGAGCAGGUUGCAUAAAAUAACUCAGAGGGAAUGGAGAUAUCUACAACAACCGCAACAACAAAUACGAUGUGUAGUAAACAACAGACCGGUCUUAACAGCUACUACAUACAUGCAUACAUAAUGGCACGCAGGAAAUGCUUAUUUUAAAUAACAAGAAUUAAAAUUACAAACAAAAAUCAACUUAUUUUCAAUUUCAGCAUUAAGUCAAUAAUUUGUUAAAUGCUUUCUUUAAAAAAAACAAAACAAAAAAAACAUUGCAUUGCGCUUGUUCAACGCUCUCAUGUUAAGUACUCUCCAAACUUUAAUUAUUGUCAUUUUUUCGGAACUUAUUAUUAUUUUUUUUUAUUAUUACAUUCUAACUAAAGGCAAACGAUUUCGGUCGAGAUAUAUUUGUUAACUAUUUAAUUUAAAUUCUUCAAUGAAAAUAUGCAAAUGAAUUUAUAAUUUAAAAUUAUGAUUUUACCGUUGAUAACGUACAUUUGUUUACACAUCGAACAAAACUAAACAUUGUUUACGUUAUGGAAAAUUUUGAUCAUUGUUUCCUUUACUUACAUAAUUUAUAAAUUGUUAAAGUUAAAAAAGUAAGUUCACUCUUAACAUAUUAUUAAACAAAACAAAAAACCAAAACCUUAUUUAAUGCUAUUAGUAAACGGCUCAAAUUCGCGUGAAGUAAACAACAGCAAAAAAAAAAUACAUUAGAAGUGCAAAACGACGAAAGCUAACUAAAUUAUUUAAUAUAAAAAUUACACAAAUUUCGCAGACAAUUCUGAACAAAAAAACAAAAGAAAACAGCAUUCUGACACUAAAUUACAUUUCAUAUGCACACAUAUUUACACAACUUAGCACUCCUUUUUGCAAUAAUUUAACGUACCCCCUAAUGUUUAGAAAACAAAAAGAAACAAAACAAAAAUCAAAUUAAAUAAAAAGCGAAGUCGCUUUAUAAUAAAUUAUAUUGUAAAGCCUUAUGAAAAUCUCGACGAUAUACAAUAUAAAAUAAAAGCAAGUAAACGAGAUGCGUAGCAAAUUUGCGCAGUUGGUGAAGCAGAAUUAUGAAUUACUAUAUAUUCGGUUAAUUUUAUUAAUUAAUUAACAUAAUUGUAAUCAUAAGAAUUAAUUAUUAAAAAAACAUGAAAGGAAA